CUUUGAGUUUAUCAAAGGUAUCAAGCAGAGUUUUGUAGACUCAGGAAAACAACAGCUAUCAACACAACAGUGGAUGCUUUGAGCAAUCAUUCCUAGGCAGUUGAGCCAAACCAAUGCAGAUUUGCUGAUGGACUAUGGCAAUCAUCCCUGCUUUUGGCUGGAACCACAUUGGUGUAUGGGGAGACUUUGGUCUGCAAAUGUGCCAUGUUAAUAGCAGUUGCAUGAGUAUUGUAUGUACUGAAGGACUGAACUAUUGUGGCAUUGUUUUGAAACAGCUAUGGAUCUACAGACAACUUCAGAACCUGUCACAUGGAUGCCUGGCUCCUUCAAGGCCAGCUCACUCCUGAUUGGUAUUGAUAUUUCUAUUGGCAUUGUGGGAGUGAUUGGAAAUCUCGUUGUUAGUCUGACAAUCCUCAAGAGCAAAGGUUUGCACAGCCUCACCCACUAUUUUCUCCUCAGUCUUGCAAUAGCUGACAGUCUGGUGUGCAUCACUGGUAUUCUACAUGCGUAUGUCAUAACUGAAUAUAACAAUCGCACACAGGGGGCGGAAGUGCUUUAUAUAGUUUCUGGUUAUAUGAGAAGAUCUUCGACUGGACAGUCAGCACUUUCUCUGCUGCUGGUCACCUUUGAAAGAUUCAUAGGUAUCGUUCGGCCACUGCAUCACUGCAGUUUCUUUACGAGGAGAAAGGUCACCCUUCUUAUCCUGUUUGUUUGGAUUGUGCCUGCUUUUAUAGAAAUUUGGGGAACGAUUUGGUAUAUUGUGCGAAGGGGAAACUGUGCAGAGCAUUUGUCAUCACUUGGAUGUGAUCCAUACCUUCCAGGGUUCAUUUUCAUAGUCGUUAAUGCCCUGCUGCUGUUUGCUGUGCCAGCUGCGGCAAUGAUUUGGAUGUACGUUCAGAUUUUGAGGAACCUCAAGGAGAGCGCCCGUAGAAGGCAGAAUCUUGGAAUCCAGGGUCCCAAUGAACUGCAGCGAGCUAGGCAGAAGUUGAUCCAUGCCCUGCUGCUGGUCAUCCUUGCAUUUCUUGCCCUCAUUAUGCCUGAGAAGGUCAUGUACAUUGUGUCAACGGCCAUGUACCAGGACUCAGAAAAUCUGUCAAUCCCUGUACUUUUUCAAUUUGCAAUGAUCUUGCUGCUUGUUAAUUCCACGGUUAACCCCAUCCUAUAUGCACUCAAGUAUGACAAGUUCCGGGAGGAGGUAAUAUCUGUACUUUGCUGUAGGUUAAAGACUUCUGGGAACCAACCAGUACCAGAUGUCAAGAGACAUAUGGGACACACACCAGUUUCUCAGCAAGCAAAACAUCAAGCCACACCCAUGUGCUAUGAAAGUUGUGUCUAGGAUCUUAUUCAGUGUUUUUGCGACAGUAAUUUUUCGCCUUUUCAAAGUAGUUUGAAACAGAGUUUAUGGUUGAGUUGGUGAAGUACAUGAUCUAAUCUGCCAAUUUAUCUUGGAAUUGUGUCACCUGGAGAGGUUUUAAUUAUUUAUUAAUGGUGAAGAAAUUACUCUGUUGACAUUGGGCUUUUACAUGAUUUUUUUUCUCCCGAUCUGUUCUAAAGGAAAACUGUAAAGUGAAGAUUGUGUCUGACCAGGGAGUUUAUUCCUAUUGACGGAAGCACUAGAACAUGGCGUACUAGGAUUGCAGUGCUAAGAUGGCUAAUGCAGUGCUUUACAAUACUGAACGGUGUUCUAGACAAUCUGUGAGACCUCUGUGUAAUGACCUACAUGUAAUAAGUCCAUAAGCAGGAGUCCUUGAUAGAAAUUCUACAUGGAGAGUAAUAGUAGAUUGAAAUGGCUUGAUUAUAACUGGAUGCACUGUUUAAUUAAGAGUUUUCUCCUUUCAUAUCAUCAGGAGUUGAAAUUAUCUUCAAUGUCUUGGUGGCCCGCAGGGCCAGUGGGGAACUGCACCGCGCUGGUCCUUGUGGAAAUUCAGUGGCCCAGGUUGAGUACAUGUAAGAAAUUUGAUCAGGCCCACCACACAUGCCCAUUUGCAUCAGUGGAACUUCUCUACCAACACAGCUGACAGCCAGCCUGGCUGGACUUAAAUACACUUUUUAAGACCAAAAAACCAGUUCUGCUUGUGGUUAUGUGACAGAUUCUAAAUUUUUGGCAUGACCGUAAAAUUUAUUUUGGUAAGUAAAUAGAAAAACACAUUUAAAACUUAAAAAAAAAAAAAUGAAUAAAAAUCCUGUCUUCACAAAACACCUCUCAACAAUUUUUCACAUCUGAAAGCUUGUUUAAAUUGUUUGCAUGCAUACCGUACAUUUGCCACAUUUGGAAAGAAAGUUCUGUUAUUUUCACAAGUUCCUUUGUAUUUCGCUAUUGCAGUGGUGAAAACACACAAGCAAUUAUUGCCCAUUCACUGUACCACUGCCAAAGAAGGUAUGACGGUAACCCUGCAACCAGUCUAUGCAACCUGCUCAAAAUAGCAUUGUACAACCCACCAUACACCCCUGCAACUUGGCAGCUGCACAUUGAAAAAAAAAAGGAUGUCGCAGGAAGAUUUCUACAAGUUAAUUCCCAGAGCUCGAUCUGUUGUCUGUAUAUAUGUAUUUUUUGUGUUCACCAAUUGAAUUUGAGGUUAUAUUGCUUGUGCUUAACAAUCUUGACAGGACACGACCUGUAAAGGUUUUAUUGGUGUCUGUGGGAGAUAACCUUAAACUGGCAUUGUUAGAAAAUGGUACCAGCCAACAUACCAGGGCAGGUGCCUACUGCACGUGUAUGAGCUGUAUGCACAACCAUUCAGUGAACAGAAUGUCACACCACUAUGUGUGCGUGUGGCACAUGAGCCUGGCAGCGCAGACUGUGGAAUACGGCCAUUUCACAAGAGUGCGCCACCAAGAGUUUGCAACG